CUAGUGUCACUGUUGUUUAAUCACACAUUCAAUUUAAAUUUUAGGAAAAGAAAUCUAAUUAUUUUAUUGUGACGCUAGAAGUGUAUGAAUUUAAAUAGUUUCCUUAUAAUCAAUGAAAAGAACCCGAAACGAUGCAGUCAAAGCUGCCGUUACUUCCUACUUAGAAAGAAGGAAUUAUCCAGAUAUUGAUUUCUUUAAUAAUAGUUCAACCAGUCGAAGUGCUGAAGAAAUGGCUGUUGCGACCAUUGUACAGUAUGAGUCCAGUCGGGCAAAUUCAAUUCUAUUUUCUUGUAUCAACAACGAUCCAGGGCAUUAUGAUGUUCAAUAUACAAGGCUUGUAAGUUUUAUAAAGGAAAUUAACAUAGAAAAAGUUAAAAAUGAAUUGCUGGGACUACUUACCCCACUGCUAUGUCACAUGUAUCUUGAGAUGCUGCGUGGAGGUCACGGAGGUGCAGCACAAAUGUUUCUGAAAAGACAUUCUGCAACAUUACCACAGAAGGAUCUAUCCUACCACCAACCUAUUGAUGGCAACCUACCAUCAGCUUUAUAUCGACCAAAUAGUUUAGAGCAGUUGUUCAACUCAUUACAAAAUGGUACAAUAGACAAUGAAACUCCAGAGAAAGACUAUAUGAAUCAAUUACUUGAUGAUAUUGGUUCUGUUUAUACUUUACAAGAAGUUGAAUCUAGACCAUCUAUUGCAGCUUUUAGGUCCUGCAAAUAUGAUAUCUAUUUAUCGCAAGAUGCACUAAAUAUGUUAAAAGCAUAUUUGGCUAAACAUAGUCAUGUCUUGCUAAUUCAAGUUUUGCAGACAUGGUUUCAUAUUGACAUCAACAGUGAUAGCAAGAAGAAUUCAGAAGAUGAUGAAGAACAACCUGAAGAUGUAAAUGCAAACUGUGAGGAGAAAUUAAAUGACAAACAUGAUGUCUUUUCAAAGUGUAAUGGUCAUGCAGAAUAUCAGUCAGUUGAUAAAGAGCUACGAGAACUGAAAGAUGCCAUAAAAGGUGUAAAAGAAUCAACAGCACCACUAAAAUUGUAUAAGAUUGCAACACCUGAUAGUCACCUAGUAUGUGCCAAAACGGAUUUAUACUGCAAUGUGCUAUGUGGUGGCUUUGAUAAUUCGGAAAUAAGACUCUGGGAUAUUGGACAGAGUUACAUUAAAAGAAAGGUUAACAGGAACAUAUCAGAUAUAGAACUUGCCUGUUGCAUACCACCCGAACCAGAAACACCAUUGGAAAAUAUUUUUCAAGUGGGAACAGGAUUAGCCCUGAGAGGACACUCAGGACCGGUACAGGCUGUCAGUAUACUCUCGCGGGAGGAGUUGGUUCUAUCUGCUUCUCACGACACCACGAUGCGGGCCUGGAGGCUUGCAGAUUAUUCCUGUGCGUCAAUAUACAGGGGUCACAACUAUCCAAUCUGGUGCAUGGAUGUAUCUAAGAACGGUUUGUUCAUAGUGACCGGAUCUCAUGAUAGGACUGCCAAACUGUGGUCACUAGACAGAACUUUUCCAGUGCGAGUAUUCGUUGGGCACACAUCUGAUGUUAUCUGUGUCAAGUUCCAUCCUAAUGAAGCGUACAUGGCGACGGGUGGCGCGGACCGAAGCGUGCGGUUGUGGAGCGUGUGCGACGCGCGACUCGUACGCGUACUGUGCGGGCACCGAGCCCCCGUACGCGCGCUCGCCUUCUCUCCGCUCGGAACGCACCUAGCCAGCGCAGGUGAUGAUAAAAAGAUCAAAGUUUGGGAUUUAGCAGCGUGCAAUUGUGUGCACGAGUAUAGAGGGCACCAUGGUAAAGUUACUGCCCUUGAUUGGUCCGCUGUGGGAAAGCAGAGUUUGACUAACCGAGUCUCACCAGACCCAAACGAUACCAAUACAGACAACUCAAUUUUAUGUUCUGCCGGCAUGGAUGGCAUCGUCAAAGCAGUAUGGGAUAGUUGCAUAAAAAAUAAGCAGGUGUCCAGCCAGGAUAUUUCAACCUCUAUUUACAACACAAAAUGUUCAUAUUUAGUGGAUGUGCAAGUACAUCCAGAAUGGUUGGUGGCAAUAGGAGCUAAACAAUAACUGAAUAAAUCGUUUUUGUUUAUAA